GGUGACUGUCAACCUGUCAUCAGACUGGAGAAACUAUUUUGUGAACAUUACGGAUUUAACCUUGAUAAAUACGUCAAUGUGCCUGGGUAUCACCAACAGUACUGGAAUACCAGAUUGUGGGAUAUACAGAAUCAAUACGAUCAAAUAUUAUCUAAAGGGCAAAAUGGUUCCGCAUCACCCAAAUGCAUGGACCAAAUUCACUUCAUUGGCUGUUACUAUACAUUUCCAGGGUGCGAUCGUAGCACAAGUGUAUUUAGACAAAAGAAAUUUUGUAAGGAGACGUGUCUUCAUUUUGUGAAUGAAUGUAGUGCGUCUCUGAAGCCGAUGAUAGAUACCUACUUUUCAUUAUAUCCGGGAAAAAGAGCACUAUUCGAUUGUUCGAAAAGACCAUCAAGAAACGCUGGAGACUCUCCUGGGUGUCUGUAUUAUCAUAGGAAAGAAAGUUUGGAAAAGGAAG